GAAGACGGGGCACAGGAAAGAGAAGGGAAAUUUUCCGGAGCUACUGCUGAGUCAGAAAAACUGAGCUCCCAAAUGGACUUUACCCGGAGGCCUCACACGGCUGGAAACUGAUCCACAGUGCAGCAAAGGUCUGAUCCAUGAGGAAGCAUUUCUCCCACCUUCUACCCUGCACCAGUCUUUCUCAGGAGGUCUGUGGAGAAGAGCCUCUGAUUCGGUUUGUGGAUGGCUCCUAGAAGAUCUUGAUUCUCUCCAGAGGAUACAUCGUUUUCCUGGGUCGGUUUCCUGUCACACUGCCCUGCCCCCUCCCAGUCAACCAUGAACCAGCUGGACCCUGCUGAGGACCCAGAUGCCGGCCCUACACCCCUGUGUGUGGUGUGUGGCCAAGCCCACGCCCCUGAGGAAAACCACUUCUACACCUACACGGAAGAAGUGGAUGAUGACCUCAUUUGCCACAUCUGCCUGCAAGCUCUGCUGGACCCUCUGGACACUCCCUGCGGACACACCUAUUGCACACUCUGCCUCACUAACUUCCUGGUGGAGAAGGACUUCUGCCCUGUGGAUCGCAAGCCUGUGAUCCUGCAGCACUGCAAGAAAUCAAGCAUCUUGGUCAACAAGCUCCUCAACAAGCUGCUGGUGACCUGCCCGUUCACAGAGCACUGCACGCAGGUGCUGCAGCGCUGCGACCUUGACCAUCACUUUAAAAUGAGCUGCAAAGGCGCCUCCCACUAUGGCCUCACCAAAGACAGGAAGAGGCACUCUCAGGUUGGCUGUCCAGACGGCUGUGCCAGCCUCACAGCAACAGCACUCUCUCCAGAGGUUUCUGCAGCUGCUGCCAUCUCCUUAAUGACAGACGAGCCUGGCCUAGACAACCCUGCCUACGUGUCCACAGCAGAGGACGGUCAGCCAAACAGCCCCCUGGACCCUGGCCGGAGCAACCGAACAAGGGCACAGCCCUUUGAGCGAUCCACCAUCAGAAGCAGAUCUUUUAAAAAAAUAAACCGAGCCUUGAGUGUUCUUCUAAAGACAAAGGGUGGAAGUACAGUUGUCAACCAAGCUGAGCGGGGCAGAGAGAAUUCUGAAAACACCACUGCCCCUGAUGUCUUUCCAAGGUUGUAUCACCUGAUUCCAUAUGGUGAAAUUACCAGAGUCAAGAUCAAUCGAGCGGAUCCCAAUGAAAGCCUCUCCAUUAGGCUUGUGGGAGGCAAUGAAACCCCGCUGGUCCAUAUCAUUAUCCAGCACAUUUAUCGCGACGGGGUGAUUGCCAGAGACGGCCGGCUACUGCCAGGAGACAUCAUCCUAAAGGUCAACGGCAUGGACAUCGGCAACGUACGGCACAACUAUGCCCUGCACCUCCUGCGGCAGCCCUGCCGGGUGCUGUGGCUGACGGUGCUGCGGGAGCAGAAAUUCCGGAGCAGGACUGAUGGGCAGCCCCUGGACACCUAUGGGCCCCGGGAUGACAGUUUCCACGUGAUCCUCAACAAAAGCAGCCCGGAGGAGCAGCUUGGAAUAAAACUGGUGUGCAAGGUGGAUGAGCCUGGGGUGUUUAUUUCCAACGUUCUGGAUGGUGGCGUGGCAGACCGACACGGUCAGCUGGAGGAGAACGAUCGUGUGUUAGCCAUCAAUGGACAUGACCUUCGGUACGGCAGCCCGGAAAGUGCAGCUCAUCUGAUUCAGGCCAGUGAAAGGCGUGUUCACCUCGUCAUGUCCCGCCAGCCUCGACAGCAGAGUCCUGACAUCUUUCAGGAAGCUGGCUGGAACAGCAGCGGCAGCCGGUCCCCAGGGCCAGGGGACAGGAGCAACACUCCCAAGCCCCUCCACCCUGCAGUCACUUGUCGUGAGAAGGUGGUAAGUGUCCAAAAAGACCCCAGUGAAUCACUCGGCAUGACCGUUGCAGGGGGAGCAUCACAUAGAGAGUGGAAUUUGCCAAUCUAUGUCAUCAGUGUUGAGCCCGGAGGAGUCAUAAGCAGAGAUGGAAGAAUAAAAACAGGUGACGUUUUGUUGAAUGUUAACGGGAUUGAACUAACAGAGGUCAGCCGGAGCGAGGCGGUUGCUUUGUUGAAAAGCACAUCCUCCUCGGUGGUACUUAAAGCUUUGGAAGUCAGAGAAUGUGAGCCCCAGGAAGAAGGCAGCAGCCCAGCAGCACUGGACUCCAACCUCAAAGACACGGCCCCACCAGGCAACCGGGUCCCCUCCUGGGUCAUGUGGCUGGAAUUACCACGGUACCUGUACAACUGUAAAGAUGUUAUACUGCGAAGAAACACAGCUGGAAGUCUGGGCUUCUGCAUUGUAGGAGGUUAUGAAGAAUACAAUGGGAACAAACCUUUUUUUAUCAAAUCCAUUGUUGAAGGAACACCAGCAUACAACGAUGGAAGAAUCAGAUGUGGUGAUAUUCUUCUUGCUGUCAAUGGCAGAAGUACAUCAGGAAUGAUACAUGCUUGCUUGGCAAGGAUGCUAAAAGAACUUAAAGGAAAAAUUACUCUCACCAUUGCUUCUUGGCCUGGCACUUUUUUAUAGAAUCAAUGAUGGGUCAUAGAAAAACAGGAAAUCACAAGCUAAGUUGAAACAAUGUAUUUACCUUAUCAAUUUUUAUAUUUGAAGGCUACAAUGUAAAAAUAUAAACUUUAAUGUCAAGAAAAGUAGGAUCUAAUGAAAAGCCAAUUACACCUCAGAAAAUAUAAUUUUCAAAAUACAAACAUUACUAAUAGUUUUUAUUCAGUGUGGAGCAUUUCUCAUUACUCUAGAACUUUAAGUUUAUAUUUUUCUAUUCAGUAAAAAGCUCUUAAACAGCUGACACGGUUUGUAUGCCCCCACUGAAUUCAAAUCAUACAGUUAAAUUCUCGUAUAUGCUGAGGUCUGCAAAGGGUACAUUAUGGGCAUUUUUUUUUUUUUUUUUUUUUUUUUUUUUUUGCAGUACGCGGGCCUUUCACUGUUGUGGCCUCUCCCAUUGCGGAGCACAGGCUCCGGACGCACAGGCUCAGUGGCCAUGGCUCACGGGCCCAGCCGCUCGGCGGCGUGUGGGAUCUUCCCGGACCAGGGCAUGAACCCGUGUCCCCUGCAUCGGCAGGCAGGCUCUCAACCACUGUGCCACCAGGGAAGCCCCAUUAUGGGCAUUUUAAAAACAAUUUCCAGACAGAGGAUUUUAAAAGUGCAUUGCUGAAAAAUGUUCAUCAAAUGAGAAAUAAAUAUUUUUCAAAAAUUAUAUAGCUGUCUUUUAGUAUGUGAUAGUUCAUUUCUAUUAUCACUAUUUAAAAGUUCCUAGUAAUUCAUUCUUUCAAAACCAUGUUGCUAGCAUCACUGACAAAUACCUUCUAAGGGCUAUCCCUAAAAAUGUUCACAGAAUUAUAUAAACUUGUACUUUCUUACAUGUAAUGGGAAAUGACUAAUCUAAAGCUCUUAUUUAUUUUUAUUCACAGUAUAGCUAGUAACUGUAUACAAACUCUACGUGCUGCUCAACCAAUGAGCCUUGGAAGAAGCAUCAAGAAAGGCCAAGCCAGCUUGACCCAGCUCAUAAAAGAUGGUGUUGAGGCAAUUCAAAUUUGUGUCACAGUGACGAGUAUUUGUCCAUGUGCCUGCCAGAAACUACAUUUAGGGCAAGUUAUUUCAGAGGCCACCCAAAUGCCAUUAGAUUUUAUUACUUUGGAUAGAAAAGUUCCCCUUUAGUUUCACACCAUGAACCCAAAUUUAGAACAGUGAAAACCUAUCAAAAAGUUGCAGUAUCAAAAUUGUAUGAGCUCUUUAAUAUGCAAAGCAACAGUGCCACAGCAGUGAUGGUAAAAGAAAGACUAGUUUAAAUCUCAAGAUUCAGAGGUGCAUUUUGCAGUGCAACUUAAGAGACUGGUAUUUGA